AUGUGUGAUAAUUCUCGCGUGCCUUCAUAUACAAAUGUGUCAUCUCGUCCAUGCCGUAUACAAUACAGUCGUUGGUCACUAGACGCACCAACAACGGAAACAUCUAUUGGUCAACCAUUAUCACAGCCAACGGCAAUACUUUCUCCUUCUGUCUACUUUCCUCAAACACAGCAAGAUAAUCAAGUACUUAUACCAAACUAUGUCAAUUAUUAUCCAUCACCAUCAUCAUUAUCAUCUCAUUCAUCCAAUCAUCAACGUACAAAAUCAACAAUUUUACAUGAUUCUACAUCAAGAAAUCAAUCAAGAUUUCAUGUUAAUGAUUUUCGACAACGUUAUGAUUCCAAAGCAGUAGUUGGUAUAGUUAAACCAAUGGUUCAUCAACGUUCAUGUACUCAAUUAAAUAAUAAUACUAAUAACAGUGAAACUAAAAUUCCCGAGAUUAUGAGACAUCCUUAUCAUUGUAAUUCAACACGUUCAUUAUAUCCGCAAAUGACACCAACAUCGUCGUCUCCAUCAACGGCAGUUUCAUCUAUUAUUUAUCGAUCUCGUCUUACACCAUCAUCGAAUAAUAUAAAUAGUCAUCCACCUAUAGCACCACGACGACAUUCAUCAAUCAGUAAUAGCAAAUGUUUGUCAUCAUAUCGUUCAUCACGAACAACAUCAACAUCAUCAUCUGUUGCUAUUGCUAAUGAACUUUCAUCAACAAUAUCAUCAUAUGAACAUGAAAAACAACAAAAUAAUAAUAAAAUUAUCAUUGAUAUUAAACGUCUUGAAAUGUUUUAUGGAAGUGUUGGUACAUUGGUUAAAUCGGCCUGUUCAACAGCUCAUCUCUAUAUAACAACAGCACGACAACUGGCUGGUUUUGAUGAUUGGUCAUGUCAACAACGUGGUGUACCAGUAUGGAUAUAUAAUACCGGAGCUAAUUUAAAACGUGCACGACAAGUGAGAUUAUUACUUGCUCAACAUGACAGCUGUUUUGCUAUAUGGUCAGAUCUUGUUUCUGAACGAGCUGAGUUACGUUUACCAAAAGAUAAUUAUAUCACAUGCUGGUUACCAGAAUCAAAUUUACUUACUGUAUUUAAAUUUGAAUGUGAUAAUGCAUGUCGAUUAUUUUUUCAGCAUUAUUAUGAAAUAUUAGAAUAUGAUCGACGUAUUCAUUUGACAAACUCAUCAGCAUCGCCUCCUGAAAAAACUAUACAACAACAACGAACUAAUACUACAACAACUAACAGUAAAGAUAUUCCACGUCGUUAUUCACGUUUAAGAACUAUAGCAAAUAAACAAGAUAAGGAACAACAACAGCAACAACAAUUUGAAUUACGUCGUUGCCGUAGUUUAUCAAAAAUUCGAACAGUUAAAAAAUCAGCUAUAUCAGGACCAAUUAAUUUUGAACAUGUUAAUCAUCUUAGUCUUGGUUGUAAUCAAGAACAAUCAUUAUUAGGUACGGCAACGUUACGUUCUUUGCAUGCAUCAAUGUCACAUUUGCCAUGUAAUGGUACAUUAACUGAUCGAUUUUCAAAACAAAGUAAAAAACGUGCUUCUGCUUUAUUUGAAUCACGCACAACAGCAGUUUAA